AUGGCAAUGGUAGUAAAUCAAUGGCCAGAGAACAUUUCUGCAGAUCCGGGGUCUCAACUCCAGAUAUGCGGCCAGGAGCCCGGCGGGGCACCUGGAACACCAAACGGUUCUACCCCAGGGAACGACGCACUUUCCGGGGACAAGAUCCCCAACGUGGACUGCAUGGUGUGUGGGGACAAGUCCAGUGGGAAGCAUUACGGUCAGUUCACCUGCGAGGGAUGCAAAAGCUUCUUUAAGCGUUCUGUGAGGCGAAACCUCACUUACACCUGCCGGGGGAACCGAGACUGCCCCAUCGACCAGCACCACCGGAACCAGUGUCAGUACUGCCGACUGAAGAAGUGCCUCAAAGUCGGCAUGAGGAGAGAAGCAGUACAACGAGGACGUACAUCAAACUCUCAGAGCAGUCCAGGGCAGUACCUGACCAAUGGCACCGACCCGUACAACGGCCAGCCCUACCUGUCAGGCUUCAUCUCCCUGCUGCUUCGUGCUGAGCCAUACCCAACGUCUCGCUACGGGGCUCAGUGCAUGCAGGGGAACAACCUCAUGGGCAUCGAGAACAUCUGUGAGCUGGCGGCCAGGCUGCUGUUCAGCGCUGUGGAGUGGGCCAAGAACAUCCCCUUCUUUCCCGAUCUGCAGCUCAUGGAUCAGGUGGCUCUGCUGCGUAUGUCAUGGAGCGAACUCUUUGUUCUAAAUGCUGCCCAGUGCUCCAUGCCGCUUCAUGUGGCUCCUCUGUUGGCAGCGGCUGGCCUGCACGCAUCACCUAUGUCAGCAGAGCGCGUUGUGGCCUUCAUGGACCACAUCCGAGUCUUCCAAGAGCAGGUGGAGAAGCUGAAGGCCCUGCAGGUCGACACAGCUGAAUAUUCUUGUCUCAAGUCAAUUGUGCUCUUUACAUCUGACGCUAUGGGCUUGUCAGACGUCGCCCACGUGGAGAGCAUCCAGGAGAAGUCUCAGUGUGCUCUGGAGGAGUAUGUAAGAAACCAAUACCCCAGCCAGCCGAACCGCUUUGGACGCCUCCUCCUCCGCCUGCCGUCCCUGCGCAUUGUCUCCUCUCCAGUCAUCGAACAGCUGUUUUUUGUGCGCCUCGUUGGCAAGACUCCAAUUGAGACGCUCCUGCGUGACAUGCUGCUGUCAGGCUCCAGCUACAACUGGCCCUACAUGCCCACAGUACAGCGGGAGCGACCGAUCUCUCUCCACUACAAUGAGAAUGGGCCCUGAAGUGGAAGGACAGAUCAAGGAGAAGCUACGGGGGGAAAUUAAGGUUGAAGGUUGACCUGACUGCUCAUCAAUCCAUCUUUCUUUCCCUUUAUUGUCUGCAUUCAACUUCUCAGCUUCCCAAGAGGAAGUAUCUCCCUCACCAUUCCGCUCUAAACACCGACAUUGACACACCACCAUCCCAGUUACACAAGCCAGGCUAUCCUUCACUAUCGCUAAUACAGAGACUUGGUGGCCCGUUGCAGCUCCUCAGCUGAGUCUACAUUUGAGAUGUGGCGUGAGAUGGACAGGUUGGUAGAAUGGGUUAUUGCGCAGUUCACCAGCAGGUCUGUUGGACUCACUUCAGAUGUCAGUCUCAAAACCCAUGCAAACAAUUUCAGCGAGCAUUUGCUUCAUUUUCGGUGAUACGCCUACACAUACGGAAAAUGUGUGCUAGCAUCUGCGUACGAGCAUGGCGAAUACUGAGCAAGGGCUUUACCAAUGGGACAGCCAAGAGCACAAAGCCUGUUGUAAAUAUACCAAUUUUUAAAAAAAGAAAACCAGAAGCCAUUAAAAAAAAGACAAAUGCCAAAAUGUCUUGAACUUUUGCAGAGGAUGUUUUAUUGUGUGUUUGUAUUAGCACUGUUUAUAUGGAGAGAAAACUCAUGAUUGUGUCCAUAUGUACAGUAUAUCAUCGAUUCAUAGACAUCUAAGGCUUAUUAGGGUUCAACUGGGGAAGCUCAGGUUCAGAGGGUGGGCAGACAAACAUGUCAAUAUCAGAACAAAAAAGACAAACCCAGCAAAUUCUACACUUAUCAGCAGCCUGUGCCAAAGCUGACAAAUCAUACUGUUUGGAGUAUUUUUGUGAUAGUGUUGGUUAUUAAAAAAAAAGAAGUUUGGUUUGUCUAUAA